AUGGGGCUGGCGGCAAUGCUGUCACGUCAAGCCUACUAUGCGUCCAUUUGUGACCAUACGACAUUGCUGCACUUUUACAUUCGCACUUACAACCGUGCUGGGCCGUGGUUACUAGGGAUCUUAACAGGGUACCUUUUAGCAACUAAUCACGGUAUUCCUACGCCUGGACUACGGAAAAUAGGUUGGAUUUUAACAGUUUUAGGUUUUGGAUACUCGUUGUUUACGUACAAGAUCUACGGAAAAGAAGGUUACCAGGGGAAUAUCUACUUUGAAACCUUCAAUGCCGGAGCUGCAAAAUAUAUUUGGGCAUUUAGAAUCUGCUGGACUAUUUACAUAUCUUCUGUAAGCAAUGGAGGUAUUCUAUCUCAGUUCCUGUCAUUGCCAAUAUACUUGCCCUUGGGCAGAAUAUCAUACUCAAUUUACCUACUUCACUAUGUAGGACAAACUAUGGGAAUACAAUCUGUUAGAGUUCCUAUGUACAUUCACGAGUUUCAGAUGAUCAAUUUUUUAGUCAGUGAUCUAGUUAUCUACAUUUUCGGCGGAUUUGUCUUUUGUCUCAUCUUCGAGUCACCAUUUUUGGUACUAGAAAAAUUAAUGUUAGCUCAUAGAACUGAAAGGAUAAGCCAAUCUUCGGUUGAGAAUAAAACUAAUAAUUCUAAAGAAUACUUAAAAGAAAAAUUUUCUAUUGAAAACAAAUCAAAUAAUCUGAAAUUUUAUGAGUAAAUUUUCUACUUUAUUUCAUGUUAAAAUUUAUUUUUGGGAGACAAAAAUUCUAAUAACAACAAUCUUGAGACUAUAAACACAUAUUUCCACAUUA